AUGACACAUGGAACUAGAGCAAUUCGAAGCAUAUGUUUGGAUAUAUCUAAAGUAGAAGAGUUGCAUUUAAAUCCUGAAGCUUUUAACAAAAUGCCAAACCUACGAUUCUUGAAAUUUUAUGGGUCUGAACAUGGAAAGAAGAUGCUUGAAUCUGAUUCCUCUGCAUUUCGCCGUAUCUUGAGAUGGUUGAAAAGAGAAAACUCCAAUGAUGGAAAGGUGCAUGGUUUUGAGAAACUUAAGUUUGAUUUCUAUGAGAUAAGGCACUUUUGCUUUCAUGGAUAUCCUGCCAAAUCAUUGCCGCCAAAUUUUAAUCCAAAGAACCUUGUUGCACUUUGCAUGCCUAAUAGCAAAGUUAAAAAACUUUGGACUAGUAACCAGCAUCUAUGCAAAAUACCAGAUUUGUCACUUAUGCCAAAUCUUGAGAGCUUGAAUCUUGAAGAUUGUACAAAUUUGCUUGAGAGUUUCUCAUCUAUCCAUAAUCUCCAUAAACUUGUUAUCUUGAAUCUACGAGGAUGCAGAAGCUUUAAUAAUCUUCCAAUUAGUGAUAGUUGCCAGUCUCUUCGAAAAGUUUAUCUCUCUGGUUGCUCAAAUCUCGAAAAAGUUCCAAAUCUCCCUAAUACAAUUGAAAAGUUAUAUCUAGAUGAAACUGCCAUUAAAGAACUUCCAUCAAUAGGGCAUUUAUUUAGACUAGUAAAAUUAAGUCUUAGAAAAUGUUCAAGGCUUGAGAGAUUACCAAAUAGUAUUUGUGAGUUGAAAUCCCUUAAAUAUCUUUGUCUCUCGGGUUGUUCCAAUCUUGAUAGAUUGCCUAAUGACAUGGGAAAUUUACAAACUCUGGAGGAACUGAUACUGGAGGGAAUUUCUUUUGCAGAAAUAGCAACAUUUAUGGCAAGUUUGACCAACCUGAAGACAUUAUCUUUGACAAGAUGUAAGAUGCAAAAGCAAUUGGGUAUCCCACUCGUCGAUUUAUCUGUCUUCCAAAGAAUCCAAGAGCUAUGUCUGAUUAAUUGUUGCAUUGAAGUGUUACCCAACACUAUUGGCGAAUUACUCUCACUAGGAAGUUUAGAUCUUGACCAAAACAAUUUGGAGACGCUACCAGAGAGCAUCAAAAACCUGUCUAACCUGGAAGGGCUUUCUUUAAGUAAUUGUCAGAGGCUUAAAUACUUACCGGAGCUUCCAAGCAGUCUAGUGCAAAUUAUAGCAGUGAAUUGUGUUUCUCUUGAAUCAGUAUCAAGUUUAUUCCUACGUAUGGAUUCUGUUUUUGACAUAAUCGACUUCUCUAAUUGUUUAAAAUUAAAAUUAGAGAUGACAGAUGCUCACUUCUUGAAAAUUGAGAGAACUGUAGCAGACGAUCACCGUCAAGAGCAUUUGGAACGUUGUAUUGGAUUGUAG